GCUUCGCAAUGACAAGAGCCUGCUUCUCUGAGUUUGUUAGUUGCUUUCCUAAAAAUAGCAGACGAGUGUCAACGUGAGUGAAAUUACGCCCAUGUAACUCUCUCUCUCUUGGAGUCGCUUUGAUAAAAAUAUAUCUUUAUCGAGAAAAGGACUGGGAGGGGAACAGGCGCAAUCCUAACCACCCCGAGUGUGAGAGCCUGCCAUAGGUGAACCAACCCUAAGAGAUCUGUGUCCAGCCAAAAGAGGAGUAUUACAGUUACUGCCAGUUGUUGAGGCAAAGUGAAGACAGAGAAAACGAUGUGCUAAGGAUCCGUUUGGGAAUAUUCACACAGACGUUUUUUUCUGAUAUUCUUUGGGUGUCAGAGAAAUCUAACCCGAUUCCACCAUGGGGCGGAAGAAGAUCCAAAUCACACGAAUCAUGGACGAGAGGAACAGGCAGGUGACUUUCACCAAGAGGAAGUUUGGUCUGAUGAAGAAGGCCUACGAGUUGAGCGUUCUGUGUGACUGUGAAAUAGCCCUGAUCAUCUUCAACAGCUCCAACAAGCUGUUCCAGUAUGCCAGCACAGACAUGGACAAGGUGCUGCUCAAGUACACCGAGUACAACGAGCCUCACGAGAGCAGGACCAACUCAGACAUUGUGGAGAAAUUAAGAAUCAAAGGCCAUAAUGACUGUGCCAGUCCUGAGGCAGACGACUGUUUUGGCCAUAGCCCUGAUAUGGACGAACGUUUCCCCAAGCUAAAUGAAGAGAGUGCUGUUAUGUACAGACGCUGUGGUGCGCUAAACAAGAAAGAACACAGAGGUUGUGAUAGCCCGGACCCCGAUGCCUCCUAUAUCCUCACCCCUCACACUGAAGAGAAAUAUAAAAAGAUUAAUGAGGAGUUUGAUAAUAUGAUGAGAAAUCAUAAAAUCCCCAGCGGUAUGCCACAGCAGAACUUCUCCAUGCAUGUGGCCAACCCCAGCAGCCUGGCUCAGGCCUACAACCCUGCAGGCUCCCUGGCCUCCCAGCAGGCCCUGGCUGCAGCCACCCAGGCCCUCAGCGACAGCGGCAUGCUCUCCACGCCCCAUGGACAACUACCCAGGAACAUGGCCUCUCCCUCACGUCCCCCUAGUGCUGGCAAUACAGGUGGUAUGCAGGGGAACGCUGAGCUGGCAGUGCCAAAUGGAACAGGCCCCAGCUCUGGCCCAGUGGGGAAUGGCUUUGUGGGCAACCCCGGUGCAAACAGCUUGGGAAAAGUCAUGCCAACCAAAUCCCCUCUACCCACUGGGGGAAGCCUGCCCCUCGCCAGCCGAAAGCCCGACCUGAGAGUAGUCCUCCCUCCGUCCAACAAAGGCAUGAUGCCACCCCUGAGCACCCAGAGGCUGAAUAACAGUUCCCAGUCCAACCAGUCCCUGGCAACUCCAGUGGUCUCAGUAAACACCCCCAGUUUGCCUCCCCAGGGUCUGGUCUACCCAGGCAUGAACUCUGCUUACAACAAUGAGUAUUCCUUGAACAGCUCAGAUCUCUCCAGCUUACAAGGUUUCAACUCUCCAGCAGGCCUUUCCCUGGGCUCCAUGUCGGCAUGGCAACAUCAUCAGCUGGGUCAGGCUGCACUGAAUUCACUGGUGUCUGGCAACCACAUACCUCAGGGCUCUAACCUCUCCGUCAACACCAACCAGAACAUCAACAUCAAGUCAGAGCCCAUUUCCCCUCCUAGAGACCGUGUGACCCAAUCAGGCUUCAUGGCCCAGCACCCUGCCCCUCCCCCACCCCACACCUCGUCCUCUUCCUCCAGGCCAGAGAUGGGGCGUUCCCCUGCCGACAGCAUCAGCUCUUCAUGCAGCUCUUACGAUGGCAGUGACCGGGAGGACCACCGGUCAGACUUCCACUCCUCAACGCUGGGGGCGCUGGCCAGACCGCAGGGGGGGACGGAGAACAGGGAAAGCCCCUCUGUCAAACGCAUGCGCAUGGAAAGUUGGGUGACUUAAAACCUGUCAAAUCACACACACACACACACACAAAAUUAGGUUGUUAAACCUUUCCAGGAAGCACAGGAGGUAUACAAUAUGCGAGUUUUGUUGUUUUCACAUCUUUAUUAUUAUUCACUGUUUUCAUAUCAGAUUGAAGUUCUUUGAAAAUGUACUUUGAAAAAGUGAUUUUUAGGAUUAUUGUUUGUAAUCUGCUUUUCUGGGGUAAAAUGUUCAAGCGAUCAGAUAUGUUCUACAGUAUCUGAUCAGAUAAACAUUUGUUUAGCAUUGUGGAUUUAUUGUGGUCACUGAUGCGAUCUAAGGCACUUAUUUAAGUUUGCAAGAUGCUACAGCACAAAUAUUCAAAGUUCAAAAUAUUUAUCUUGAUUUUUGGCUAAGCUUGGAAUAACUAUCUACACUGCCACAUUGUGUGGCCUGAUGUAGCUUUACAAGAUGAGUUUUCAGAUUUGAUUGCAUUUCAUCACGAGGACUAAAAUACAAAGGGAUCGCCAUGUGAGGAAAAAGAGCCGUAGUUUCUCAUUGUCACAGGUUUUUGUUUAUUCACCCUGUUAGUUAGCAGUUCAACUGUAAAGCAAUACAUCUUGGUUGUCUCGCUCUCCUCUUAAAAACCACAUUCUUUAUGUCAGCCAAAGCAGUAUGCUGAUUUUUUAUGUAGUAGUGAGUGUAUUUUGAUAAUUUCCACAAAAGAAAACAUUGUUUCAGCAAUAUAUAGAAAAUUGAAAGCCAUGGACACUUGCUGUUCUUUAUGUAUAGUGAAAAUAAACAAUGUCUUUUGUUAUAUAUAUAUUGCAACUCUAACAUAUAUAAUAUAUAUAUAAUAUA